CAUUGCAGAAAGCAAAGUGAUUGCUAUGGAAUUAGAAUCUCCCCGACAGAAGCAGCAUCAAUUGCAGUGACGAAAAUUCCACAAUGCGAAUGCGUGUUCUUCCCUUCCAAGAAUCUCUCUCUCUCUUCUGCUAUAAACCUUCGACAUCAUCGAUGCCAUUUUCUCACGCAAUGGGUGAAGACGAGAGUGCGUUGAUAGUGGCAAAGCAGAAUAGCCCUAACCGAUCCUCUACUUUCGACAUCAUCGAUGCAGUUUUCUCACGCAAAUCCUUCUUCUACGAUAGGCUUCCCUCCCAACCCCUUAGACUCACUGUACUCAAAUUGGACGGAUCCUGCUUCCAUGUUCAAGUUCCGAAGACGGCAACGAUUGCACAACUUAAGGACGCAGUAGAAGCCCUCUUCAGUCACAUAGGCCCUUCACAAAUUUCAUGGCCACUUGUUUGGGGGCAGUUUUGCUUGUGCUAUGAUGGGCAGAAACUAGUUACAGAGAAGGAUUAUCUUAGACAUUAUGGCAUCAAGGAUGGUGACCAGCUCUAUUUCAUCCGCCAUGUCUCAAACAGUUGCUGCUUCAUUCAAAGAAAGAGGUCAAAGAAAAGAAUUGUUCGUUUGAAACUGCAGAGGAGGUCAUCGCAAGUGAAUAGCUAUCAACCCAAAGAAAAUUGUGAUGAUGAUGAAAUUAGUUCUGGUGAUGAAACCAUAGAGAAUGCAAAGAUCAAGCAUUGCAUGGAGGAGGAGGAAGAAGAACAUGUUGGAAAGAACAAAUUAACUGGCUUUGUGGGAACAUUUUUCUCGUACACUCCACUAGCAAGUGUGAGAAAAACUAGAACUAAAAGCAGGAUUUGGCCGUCCACAAUUCCCAGGUGUUUAACGGGCAGUUUUAGAAAGAUCAAAAGCAUUGUUUGCUUUGGCAGGAGCCGGCACCAAUCUCUCAGACUCACAUGGAGACAGUAUUAAUUUUUGGAAGAUGUUUCUUACAACAUACAACACAAAUCCAGUAACUCACAACAGAUGAAAGUUGGCUGAAAUCCUUGUAAGAUUUUGAUUCCCAUGCAAAAACAGUGUGCAUGUGAAAUUGUGUUGCUGUGGUGCUUGAGAUUGCAG